AACAUGAGCUUCCUGUGUUCGCAGCCGUCACGUGAGUGUAAACAGACGCUGCUGUCAGUGUCCACACGUCAGUGCGACACGGAGGAACACGCUACCCGCUUCCUGCCCUCUGGAAGCGGUGUGAGCUGCAGCUUUUUGAGCUGAGACUUUUCUGAUGGAGGAGCUGCAGCGGCUCCCUCCAGAAGUUUGGGUCUACGUGUUCAGCUUCCUGUCCACGGAGGAGAAACACACGGUCCGCACCUGCUGCAGGUACCUGAAGAAGCUCAUCGACCACCCGUCCCUGUGGAGGGACCACACGGUGAUGCUGUCCGACCUCCGCCGCUACACCUACGGCUACUGGGACACCCUGCGCUACCGCAAGCUCACCCGCGUGGCGGUGCGACACCUGCGGCGCAAAGAGUGGCGGCGGCUCGUCAAGUUCCUGCCGUCCCUCACCGCCAUCGUGUUUGUGGACGGAGGGCGACUGUACAAGGAGAAAUACCUGGACAACCUGUCGCGGUUCCCCGAUUUGAGGGACCUGGGGGUGCGUAACGCUACCUGGGACGAGCCGAUGUUGGGGCGGAGCCUGAUCGAGCAGCUGCGGGAGCGGCUGACGCACCUGAGCGUGUGUAACGUCCGGCUGACGUGCACGGUGGAGUUCAUUAACGCCGUGUCGCACCUGGUCAACCUGCGGUCCCUGCUCUUCCACCAGCAGGGGGAGGGCUACGGGCUGGACACCGUGAGGCCGGUACCCCGCAGCGUCUUCCACAACCUGCUGCUGAGCCUGAAGAAACUGAAGCACCUGUCCUGGGGGAUGAGAGGGGAGCCGCCGGACCCGCUGCCCGACGACUACCUCAGCCCGCCGGACCCGGAGCAACCAGGAGUGUCCCGGUACGGUGGCCCCGCGCUGACCAGUCUGGAGCUGGUGGAUUACCCAGAAACCAUCCUGCCAGUGGAUGCGCUGAGGAGCCUGUCCUCGCUCAGGUCUCUGACUGUCCGCUACAGGUACAUCAGAGAUGGCAUCGAGUGCCGCUUGCCGUCCUGGCUGAGUCCUCUCCAGCAGCUGGAGACGCUCAGCAUCAUCGGUGGUAACUCUCUGGCUACGUACACGACCACCAUCCCGUCCAGUGUGACCAGACUGACGCUGCGGGUUGCCAUCACUCUGAAAGACAUGGACUCCAUCGCACCUAAAGUGCCGGCACUCGAGCACCUCGACAUCGAGCAGAACCGCUCCAGCGGCAGCCUCUGCAGGCGGAUCCCCAUGUUGUUCCCUCAGCUCAGGACGCUCAGGAUACGGUUUUUCCGCAGAGAACCGGAGAAAGACCUGCUGAGCCUCCACCGGCUGCGACACCUGGUCCAGCUGGAGCUGCUGGUGGAGCGCUCGUUCAUCCUGAGGGACUACCUGAACGGUCACCCCUGGCCCAGCCCCUGUGUGCAGAGGCUGAUCGACCAGCUGCGAGAGCUGUCCGAGAACCGGAUCACCGUCGUCACGACGAUGCGCCAGAGAAACCCGCUGCGAGAGUGCGACUGUCUGUGGGAGGGCGACUGAGGAGGGGAGGAUAAGAACACGGGGAAAGUGGAAUUUAUUCCUCCUGAAGCAACGAGAAGAAGAAGAAGAAGAAGAUGACAAAGUCAGGAACAAAAGCAGGAAUCAAAAAGCUGAGGUGACGACUGCUGCCGUUGGGACAACGAGGCAACUGCAGGUGGAAAAUCAGUGCCUCUGAAAUCGUUCUGGACGAUGAGCCAAACAUUAGAGUUUGGAAAUUAAGCACCUGAGUCCACACAAGAUCCCCUGGUGCAUUCGAGUGCUAGUCAAGAGACUGAAGACUCAGCGUUGACAUUGAGGGAGAAAACCAGUGAGAAGACCUUGUGAGGUGACUCGAGGCGACAGCUGUCAUAGAGCGGAGACUGGUCAGCGUCAACGCCGGCCCACAGCGCGCCCACAGCCCGCCCACAGCCCAUCCAGAUUGUCUCAAGAUGCCAGAUGUCGAGCUGAUUAAACAGCCAGCUUGAUUAAUUGACCAACCGAUUAACGGGUCUGUCAGAGAAAGAAGCAACAGAGUGCUGAAUGUGACAGGAAGCUGCUGUUGUAUACGUGGAGGACAAUUAGUUUGUAUUAACCAGGGAAUAAUGUCCCGUAUUAGUCUAGCUUUUCUUAAAGAGACAGUUCAACUUAAAUCAAAAACACAUAUUUUUCCUUUUUCCUGUACAGACUUCUGCCUUCUCGUCAAUGUAACGGAACUCGAUGACGCUUCACCUCGUGGUGCUCAAAGAGACGAAGACAAAACACAACUGAAAAACUCAACAGUAACGUCUGUCUCCAGAUAUCACGACCAGUUACUCAAGAGCACCCACAGAGCUUCUUGUGGGCAGUUUCAUGUAGGAACUAUUUUCUCUCCGUAUCACAGCGCAGAAGGAAACGUGCGUCUUCUCAUGGACAAGAGGCUAACUAGGCUAACUAAGCUAAUGUUGCACUUUGAAGCUUCUUGAUGGAUAAGCAGCACAGGUAAGAGGUGAACUAUCUCUUUGAAUGAAACCAGUCAGACUGGAGUUAGGAGAUCAGGGCAGCUCAUUUUAUUUAUUAUUAUUGUUUUCUACGUAAUUAUAAGCAUUUUUCAGGUGCAGCUCUUCUCGGCUCGAGGAGGGACACUUUGUUUUCGGCAAACCUCGAUUGCACUUUGAUUGUUUGGGUUUGUGAGGAAAUGAAUACAGACAGAAACGUGCAUAUAUUUUAUUUAUUUUGUUGUAUUUAUGUAUGUGUUCAUCAAAGACUCAAGUUGUUGUGUUAUUGUUUAAACUGAAUUUCACGCAUUUUGUGUUUCAUAAACUUUAAAUAUCAGACGAGUAUUAAACUCAAACGCUGAUGAAAAUUCUUUAACAUCCGCAGCGUUUUCCAUUUUUGUUUCUCUAAACUAAAAACCAGUGCUCAUGCCUUCAGCAGCCAGUUAGAGGUUUUUAUAUUUUUAUACUUUCAGAAUUGUCUUUUUUGGUUUUUACUGUUAUUUUUAUUUCUAUUCAUUUUGGCACUCAGUGUGGGUAGCAAAGGAAGAAUUUCAUUGUGCAGGGAAACAUGUUUCUUUUUGUGCAUGUGACAAUAAAACACUUUGACUUUGAAACAUCA